AUAGCUGUUAUAUAUUUUUUUUGCUGCACAAAUCCAUCACCGUUCUUAUUUAUUGUUUCACCUACUCAUCAGGGUUUUUGGAUCGGUAUCUAUAAGAUUUCUUCACGAACUUGCGCCGUUGCCUUGCCUGCUGUAAUGUUUAUAAUGAAUAAUUCUUUCUUGGGUGACAUCUGUGCUACUGCUGUGACCGGUAUCAUCGCUCUAUCCCUCCUCCGAGUGUGGGAGGAAACCGCUAAUAGAGGAAUCUUUGAUCAGAAACUAAACAGGAAGAUAACACAUAUAACUAUUGGGCUAGUAUUCAUGCUAUGUUGGCCACUGUUCAGUUCUAGUCCCCGUGGAGCGGUUUUAGCAGCUCUUGUUCCUGGCAUCAAUAUAAUCAAGGUGCUACUUAUAGGGUUUGGAAUUUGGAAAGAUGAAGGAACUGUCAAAUCAAUGAGCAGAUAUGGAGACCCCAGGGAGCUUCUGAAAGGGCCAUUGUACUAUGCUUGCUCUAUCACCUUGGCUUGUGCUAUUUACUGGAGAACUUCCUGUAUUGCAAUUGCAGUCGUCUGCAAUCUUUGUGCUGGAGAUGGGAUAGCUGAUAUUAUAGGAAGAAAUUUUGGCAAACAAAAACUCCCUUAUAACAUAAACAAGUCAAUCGCAGGCAGCAUAUCUAUGUUCAUUGCCGGCUUCAUUGCAUCUAUUGGGUUCAUGCAUUACUUUUCCACAUUCGGUUACAUUCAGGAGAGCUGGAAGAUGAGUAUUGGAUUCUUGAUCACAUCUCUUGUAUCAACGCUGGUUGAGUCUCACCCGUUGAGCACUGACAUUGAUGAUAAUCUGACAGUUCCCCUCGCUUGUGUUUUGAUUGGAACUUUCAUUUUCUGAUUGAAUAGAAAGGAAUGGAUGAUUGAGGAAUUAACUCUUUACAAGGUGGUGGUUAUAAUAGCUUUCCAUUGGUAAUCAACCUGAAUCGAUCAUGUUAAUAGUGUUGUAACAAUUUUUAUAUUAAUUAUGUGUUUAAUUACUUUCUAAUUUAAUUAUACAUAUCAUAAUAUCGGUUAUCCUACAACAAAUUAUAAAUAAAUAGUCUUCUCUUGUGUA